AUGCCAACCUGGGCAGGAGGUGCCUUAGCUGGACCAAUUAUUGUGGAGCCACAUGUCACCGCAGUAUGGGGAAAGAAUGUUUCAUUGAAGUGUUUAAUUGAAGUAAAUGAAACCAUAACACAAAUUUCAUGGGAGAAGAUACGUGGCAAAAAUACACAGACUGUUGCAGUCCAUCAUCCUCAAUAUGGAUUCUCUGUUCAAGGAGAGUAUCAGGGAAGAGUCCUGUUUAAAAACUAUUCACUAAAUGAUGCAACAAUUACUCUACAUAACAUAGGAUUCUCUGAUUCUGGAAAAUAUAUAUGUAAAGCUGUUACAUUUCCACUUGGAAAUGCCCAGUCUUCUACAACUGUAACUGUGUUAGUUGAACCUACUGUGAGCCUGAUAAAAGGGCCAGAUUCUUUAAUUGAUGGAGGAAAUGAAACAGUAGCAGCCAUUUGUAUAGCAGCCACAGGAAAACCAGUUGCACACAUUGAAUGGGAAGGUGAUCUUGGUGAAAUGGAAUCUACUACAACUACUUUUCCAAAUGAAACAGCAACAAUUGUCAGCCAGUACAAGCUGUUCCCAACCAGAUUUGCUAGAGGAAGACGAAUUACUUGUGUUGUAAAACAUCCAGCCUUGGAAAAGGACAUCCGAUAUUCUUUCAUACUAGAUAUACAGUAUGCUCCUGAAGUUUCAGUAACAGGAUAUGAUGGAAAUUGGUUUGUAGGAAGAAAAGGUGUAAACCUCAAAUGUAAUGCUGAUGCAAAUCCACCACCCUUCAAAUCUGUGUGGAGCAGGUUGGAUGGACAAUGGCCUGAUGGUUUAUUGGCUUCAGACAAUACUCUUCAUUUUGUCUACCCACUGAAUUAUAAUUAUACUGGUGUUUAUGUAUGCCAAGUAACCAACUCCCUUGGUCAAAGAAGUGAUCAAAAGGUCAUCUACAUUUCUGAGAUUCCAUUUAAACAGACCUCUUCCAUAGCCGUAGCUGGAGCUGUGAUUGGGGCUGUCCUUGCCAUUUUCAUCAUUGCUGUCUUUGUGACUGUGCUGCUUACUCCCCGGAAAAAGAGACCAUCCUAUCUUGACAAAGUGAUCGAUCUUCCACCCACCCAUAAACCACCUCCCGCUUAUGAAGAACAGUCCCCUCCUUUGCCUCAAAAAGACCUUCUAUAUCAGACUGAACAAUUGCCUUUGCAGGCUCAGUUCCAAGAGAGAGAAGUUGGCAAUCUUCAACCCUCUAAUGGACUGAAUAGCAAGAGAUUUGCGUGUGAGGAUGAGCACCCAGUAGGAGAAGAUGGCAUUCAGCAGAUGCACCCCAUUUAUAGUCACAUGUGCUACAAAGACCGGAGCCCAAGCAAACAGUAUCAAAACAAUGAUCCAGAGAGAAUCUACAUCAAUCCACGAGAACAUUAUGUGUGAUUUUUCUCUUUUUAUCCAAAUGGCCAUUGGAACAAAUGUUGAAAACUGAGGUUGUAGUUAUUAUAUUCUCUCUUGUCUAAACAAUCCCAGCCUUAAUGUACUGGAAAUCUUGAUACGUGAAUUGAAGCUAAUCGUGGAAUUCUUUUUUUCACUUAGGGUUUCUUAAACACCAGCUGUGUUUGUGAACUUGACUGUAGCUCUGUGUUUCUGAUACUGGUG